AUGAGGACGAGUCUGAUCCUGCUGGGAUUUCUGGGCUUUGUUCAGAGUCUGGUAAGGGUCCCGUUAAGUCGCUUGCCCUCGGUGCGCAGUCGACUUCGAGCCGCUGAGCAGCUGGAUGAGUUCUUGCGCGAGCACCAACCGGACGUCUUCUCUCGGCGUUACGCCCAGUGUUACCCUCCCGCACAACACUACCUCAAUACGGGCGGCAAAGCCAAAGAGAGACUCUACAACUUCAUGGACGCACAGUUCUUCGGUCAGAUCAGUCUGGGUAAACCGGAGCAGAACUUCACGGUGGUGUUUGACACGGGAUCCUCUGACCUCUGGGUCCCGUCGUCCUACUGCGUGAGCCAAGCGUGUGCGAUGCACCACAAGUUCAAGGCCUUUGAAUCGAGCACGUACACACAUGACGGACGAGUCUUUGGCAUCCAUUAUGGCUCUGGUCACCUGCUGGGAGUGAUGGCCAGAGAAGAACUAAAGGUGGGCUCUGUGACGGUUCAGAAUCAGGUGUUUGGCGAGGCUGUAUAUGAGCCCGGUUUUUCUUUCGUCCUGGCUCAGUUUGACGGGGUUCUGGGUCUGGGUUUCCCUCAGCUGGCAGAGGAGCUGGGCUCUCCUGUGUUUGACAGUAUGGUAGCACAAGGCAUUCUGGAUGAGCCCGUCUUCUCUUUCUAUCUCAAGAACAACGGCUCAGAAUUUGGAGGGGAGCUGCUUUUUGGGGGCGUGGAUGAAACACGCUUCGUUUCUCCCAUCAGCUGGGUUCCAGUCACUCAGAAGGGCUACUGGCAGAUCAGAUUAGAUGCUGUGAAGGUUCAGGGAGCUCUGAGUUUCUGCUAUCGUAGUCCUCAAGGCUGUCAAGCUAUAGUGGACACGGGAACCUCUCUGAUUGGCGGCCCAGCCAGAGACGUCCUGCUCCUCCAGCAGUUUAUCGGAGCAACACCCACCGCGGUUGGAGAGUAUCUGUUAGACUGUGUCAGGAUCAGCAGUCUUCCUGUAGUGUCCUUCCUGAUCAACGAUGUGGAGUUUUCCCUCACUGGAGAGCAGUAUGUCAGGAGGGAGACGCUGAACAAUAAGGAGAUCUGCUUCAGUGGCUUUCAGUCCAUAGACAUCCCUUCUCCAGCUGGACCCGUCUGGAUUCUGGGGGACGUUUUCCUCUCACAGUUUUACAGCAUCUAUGACAGAGGUCAUAAUCGGGUGGGAUUGGCUCAUCUUGCAGGAAAGUCGUAAGGAUCAUUGUAUAGAUCACAUGGGUGGCUUAUCUCCGAUCAUGCUGGUAGACGCAGAAGAAGCUAAUGAGAG